AUGAUCCUCAAUUCCUUCCCGAGGUUCCGGAGGUCGCAACUCGAACAGUCCAGAGCUUCAGGGAAGAAAACGCUGGUCCCAAUGGUGCCGUGUUAAUGAUUGAUGCCGAUCAAGUAUGGGACGUUCCCCAGGCCAGCCAAUACGUGAAGUGAAGUGCCUCACGGAGGUAAAGCCCUGGUUAAUCAAGGAACCUACUGCUCCAGUUGAUAUCCUCGGGCAUGCCGCGAAGAACGCUGAAGCCAUAGUAUGGUGUUGGCGCCGCACGCUCAUAAUCGGGUGGUUCUCAAACAACUUUUUCAAGCAGAUACAACUGACGUGUGCCAGAUUGAUUCCUGCCCUCUUGCUCCUGAUUAGUAUGGCUCGCCCUAACUCAUCUCUCGGCUUUUCCCCCUCCGAAUUGGGAUUGCCAGUAUGUUAUUCAUCUGAGCUUGACCGACUAUAUCGCUAUUUCUGGAACGAAGCGUGGCUGGAAUUUGCGGUCCAUCUUUAUGAGCAUCUCGUUUAUCUAUGUUCCAUCAGCUUCAAGGGGCGAAACAGCGUCCCCCUCAACCCAGCCGAAGGAUAUAGUAUCGAGAUCCUCAAGCAAAGUAUUGCUGAGUUCGAAUGGCCUCAGGGGUGACAUUGGAUGAAAGCGAAGACCAGUGGCACUAGCCGACAAAGUAGUGCUUGGUGAUUCUGGAAUGACAUCAACCACAUGUAACUCCACCGACCUCACGGACAGAAAUAUUCAACCCACGACCGCACGCAGCGGUGUAGGUUUCUCCAUGACUACCGGCUUGAUCCUCGGUCUAGGGAAUUAGAAAAAGGGUGACUAUUAGGGCUAGGUACCUGACAUUCAGACCAGCAAA